UAACUGGGAGAGACUGUGUUGGCGAAGUCAGACUAGUAGUGGAGAAGAUACUAACACUAGCAGAGAAACUAUACCAGAAGAUACCUCAGGUGUACGUGGGGAAAUUAUUCUUUAGGGGUGUAUCGGAUGUUCCUUCAUGCAGGCUUCGUACAGACGCCCAAGCAGAGGCAUAUAAUCUGAAAGUUAAAUUGAUUAAUCGCCUUCUAAAAGAGAAGCUGAGGGAGAGAGAGGGAAUUCAUUUGUGGUAUACUAAAGGGGUGACAUUGUACGCACAAGAUCUUCUCCAAGAAGAUGGAACGCACCUAAACAAGCGAGGUCAUAAGAAGUUCUGGCGAACUCUUAGAGGUGCAACAAUCCAAGCCCACAAGAGUAGGUAUCAUAAAAGCUAUGCCAUAGCGGCUCAUCGUGCAAUGCUUACAUAUCUUUCUGGCCGUGGGAAAUCCAUGCAUAGUCGCAAUUUCACUCGCUUAGUAGUUUUAGUAUCUAAAAAUUAUGAUUGAUGUCGCUUUUCUUUAGCACUAGUAGGUAUCACAGAUAUCAAUUGAUAAGGCAGACGCAUUGUUUUGAAGUUGUUGGGUACAUAUCUCACUUUUUAUGUUGGGUGCUGGGAUGCUUCUUAAACGCAGACGUUUAGUAGUUUUAGUACCUAAGAAUUAUGAUUGUUGUCGCAUUUCAAUAACACUAGGAUAUAUCAAUGAAUAAGCAGACGCAAUGUUUUGAAGUUAUUGAUUACAUAUCUUGCAAUGUUAUAGUGGGAGCUGGGAUGCUUCUUUAAAGGCUUGGAUUACAAUUACGCAGACGCUAUUUAAAAUUUGGGCAUUUUUGAGAAUAGUUGUAACAGCAGCAAAAAUUUUUGUACUUUUAAGUAUAUAGGACAAUUUUUAUUGUGUUAAACGCAAGUUUUUUGACAAGGACGCUAUGCCUAUGAAGUCAUUAUAUCGCUUUAUUAAUUCAGUCGCUUAUCGCUUUACUAACGCA